AUGGAGAAGAAGAGAUCUGAAACGAUGCAUGACGAGUUCCGAAUCUUGAACAGAAAGUAUCAACAAUCUAAAGAUACUCUUGAACAAUUCAAAGCAACGGAGCAAAAACUCAACGCGAAACUCAAGGGAGUUUUAGAAGAACAAGAUAGGCGAAUCGCGGAAUCUGCGCAGAGCGAGCAAGAGAGUGCGACAAUGAUCAAAGAUCUUCAAGAAAGAGUAGCGACAUUAGAAUGCGCUUCCGACGAAGAACUCAAUGAGCGAUACACUUCGCUCCAGAAACGAUAUAUUGAGUUGGAGUCGAAAGACUUGGACUACACGGAAACCAUUGCCACACUGAACAACCAGUUAAACGAGCUGAAAAACGCUCAUGAAACCGCGCUGAAAGAACUUGCGGCACAAGCAAGUAAAGACGAAGAAAGCUCAAAUGACGACCAUGAAGACUUGCGAAUCGCGAAAGUGCACAAUGAAGCAACCAUCAAGUCCUUGGAAGCAAAGCUCGAGAUUCUUCAAAUGGAGAAGAGACGAACAUCUACCGAUGAAAACUCGAAUAGCUCUGCAAAUGUACGAGAGGAUCAGUAUGAAAAGGACCUCGCAGAAGCUUUGCGCAAAGUUGAUGAUCUGUCCAUCGAGCUUUUCAACAAAAGUCAACAGCUCGAUGAGGCCAAAUAUCAAAUCGAGCAGCUAAAACUUUCCCCGGCGAAUGAAACUGACAAGGCUGUCGCUGAAUUACAACAGAAACUUAACCAUGUUGAAAAGCAAAAAGCCCAAAUCGUUUUAUCUGCUGUAAAGAACAGCGAUAAAUAUGCUGCAGAAAUCGAAGAAUUGAAAGAGAAAAUCUCCGAAUUAGAAAAACAAGAGGAAGAUCAAGGCAAAAAUGUGUCGUCCGAAUCCGCUCAGGCGAUAGAAGAACUCAAGGAAAGCAACAAGCGAUUGUAUUCGGAGCUUGUGGCGUCUGAAACCAGUGAACAAACGCUGCGAAAGGAGAUAGAAACUGCAAGAGCAAAUGUGUCGAGACUCGAAGUACAGAACUCGACAGUGCUUGAAGAAGUGAGUCGGCUCAAUGACACUCUUGCCGCAGCAGAAACUGAAAUCAACAAAAUGCGCGAUGAAAUUUACAGUUUCAAGGACUCACACACUUUAUCUUCAAGUGGAUCUUCUAUCAGCAGCUCACCAGAAGACUUAUCAGCAAAAUACACUAAACUGACAUGCAUUUACAGAGCAAAACUUGAGGAAAUUGUUAAACUAAGCAAAGAGCUCCAAAAGAAAGAAUCUUUGGAGAACGAUUUAAAAGUCGCCAACGAAACUAUCAACAACAAGGAUCAGAGCCUACAAGAUAUUCUCUCCAAAAAUACAGCAUUAUCUUCCAAGGUUAAAGUCUUGGAAGAAGACUUAGAAGAAAUGAAAAACGAGGUGGACAGAAAGGCGGACGCAAUAAAGAAAAUGAAAUCCGGCAAAAACGACAGACAGUGGUCCCAAAUGCUGGCUAACAACGGCGUGCCUGAAUCGGUUGAAAGUGACUUGUCCUCGUUUUCAUCUGAUGCUGAGGAGGACUUUGCAGUUUCGACUCCGAAUGUCGCGAUGCAGUUGAGAAUCAAGGACGACACUAUUCGAGAGUUGAGACAGCAUCUUGAAGUGAGAACGGCCGAGUUUGAAGCCUUAGAAGCCAAACUAGCGGAUAUCAGUCUUAGAAUAAAAAAUACAUCGGAGGAUGAAAUUCGAGAGCAAUUGUCCAAACUAAUGGUGCAAAUCAAAGAAGUACGAGAUGAUAAUGAUAGACUCGAGCAAGAAAAUCUUGAUCUAAAGGAAGAGUGCAGCAAACUUAUGGAAGAGCAGCUAGCCCAACCCUCAAGUGUUGAAUCAAUCCAAAGACAAUUAGAUGAUUUGACAGAGAUUGUCGAGUCAAAAAAUAACGACGAAGAAAAACUGAGGAAAGAAUUGGAAGAAUUGCGCGCCAGAAUUCGAGAGUACGAGGACGCAGAAGAAGUUCGAUCAAACUUAUUCCACGGGUCUCGUGGGAGCUCUCCGUUCUGGCCUGACACACUUGCCGACUCUUUGGCUGCAUUAAACGACGAGAACCAUUUCCUUCGAAGAAACCUGUCGAAGUCAGAGCUCGAAAUCGAAGAACUAAAGGAUCAACUCGAAGGAACGAUCUCCUCAAGAGUCUCUGCCGAAGAGUUCGAAAAACUAAAAUCUGAAUGCCUUGAGCUUCGAUACUACAAUGAUGACCUCGUCACUCAGCUAGCAAAGUUAGAAACUGGCCGGAGUACAUCCGACUAUGAAGAUAAACUAACAAUUCAGCUAGAAAUGAUCAACCAAAUGAAUGAGGAGCUGGAAGUUUUAAAAGAUCAAUUGCACGAAAAAGAUCGUAAACUUUCUAUUCUACGACGCAGUGCCCGAAAGUAA